AUGAAGGCUUUCGUCUGCGUUGCCGCCCUCGUCGCCGCCGCCCACGGUGGAGUGAUCGCAUCCACUGGAUCCUCCUCCCAGUUCCGGUCCGAGGAUGGACUCGGAAACUACAACUUCGGAUACGACGAGAACCACUCGACCGGAGGAUCCUUCCGUCGUGAGUCCGGCAACAACGUCGGAGUCAAGGCCGGAUCUUACGGACUCCGUGACAUCGACGGACGCGUCCGUGUCGUGAACUACGUCGCUGACGGCGCGGGAUACCGAGCAGCCAUCUCUACCAACGAGCCUGGAACCGCUCCCUCGGCCCCUGCCGCCGCAGCCUACAACGCCGCGCCCGCUGUAGCUGCCGCCGCCUCCUACGCCGCCCCUGUUGCCGUUGCUGCUCCCGCCUACGCUGCCCCUGUUUCCGUUGCUGCCCCUGCCUAUGCCACCCCUGUCGCUGCCCGAGCCUACGCCGCCCCCGUCGCCCACGCAUACGCUGCCCCCGUCGCCCAUGCGUACGCUGCCCCCGUCGCCCAUGCGUACGCUGCCCCCGUCGCCCGGGCGUAUGCUGCCCCCGUCGCCCACGCGUACGCUGCCCCCGUAGCCCACGCGUACGCUGCCCCUGUUGCCGUCGCUAAGGCCACCUCUUACUCCUCUGCCGUGAACCACGGAACUGUGCACGCUGCCCCCGUCGCCGUCGCUGCUCCCGCGGUCGCUGCUUACGCCGCUCCCGUUGCUCACCAUGUAGCUGCUCCCGUCGCUGUCGCAAGAGCCACUUCUUACUCAUCUGCUGUCAACCACGGAACCUUCCAUGCUGCUCCUGUUGCCUACGCCGGACACGUCGCUCACGGCGUCGCCGCCCCUGUGGCUUAUGCUGCCCACCACGCUAAAGUUAUCGUUUAG